GAGCGCCGUGAAUGCGGCCUGCACUUCCGGUGCAGCCCGGCGGCCAUGGCGGCUCCGGGGUGUGCUGGGAACUGAGCGGGGCCAUGGCGGCCACACAGAGCACGUCGGUGUUCCAGGCCGCGCUGGACCCCGCCCUCCUGCACGGGCUGACCCUCGUCAGCGGGUUCAAUGCCAGUCCGUCGGCUGCGGACACACACGGGCAGCCCGCAGCCCCCCACGCAGCGGACAAGGCCGGCACAGCCCCCGAGGUGCCGGAGCGGAUGUGCUGCUUCACCUGCGGGCAGCAGUUCGGCAGCCGGGAGGAGCAGACUGAGCACUACCGACUUGACUGGCACCGCUUCAACCUGAAGCAGCGACUCCGAGGCCGCCGGGCGCUGCCAGUGGAAGAAUUUGAGGAGAAGAGCAGAGCAGGUGAUAUUUCCAGCAUCUCAGGGUCAGAUUCAGAGAGCUCCGAUGCAAGCAGCGAGUCAGAAUCACCUCCCCCUGCCAGCAACAGCCCUGCCACCCCCCAGCAUCCCCGCUCCCACAAGGUGCUGCUCCGCAAUGCAAGGGGACAGCUCAUCUCUGCCUAUCGCUGCAUACUGAGCACUGGGAAGGGCGGCAGCGAGGAGCCAGCAGAGCUGAUAGCGUCACUGCAGAGCCUCAAUGCAAACACAUGCUGGGUUGUACUGAUGAUGGGUGGCGGGCACUUUGCAGGAGCCGUGUUCCGUGGCCCCCAGGUGCAGGAACACAAGACCUUCCACCGCUACACUGUGCGAGCCCGGAGGGGCACAGCCCAGAGCCUAAGGGAUGCCCAGACCCCAGGGUCAGCACCCAGAUCAGCAGGAGCCUCCCUGCGGCGUUACAAUGAAGCUGCACUGCUCAAGGAUAUUCAGAACCUCUUGGCAACUUGGGCGCAGCACCUGAAGGAAGCUCAGCGCAUCUUUCUCCGAGCCCCUCGUCACAACCGGGCGCUGCUCUUUGAUAGCAAGAACCCCCACCUCAGUAGGGGAGACCCCCGUGUCUGCCACAUCCCUCUCAGCACACGCAGGGCCACCCUGAAGGAGGUGCUGCGAGUCCAUGCUGUGCUGUCCAGCCUGCAGGUGUUUGGGAAGGACACGCCACUGGAGGACAUCACUGGGUCCCCACGGAAAGUCUGGCAGAAGAAACAGCGGGCGGCUGAGAUGGAUUCCCUGCAGAUGGACACAGGUGGUGAAUUCAAACAUGGAGGGAGACAUGGCUCAGAGCAAGCCCCAGGGGAGGAAGAGGAAGAAGAGGAGGAAGAGAGUCCAGCAGGGGAACUGGAAACUGUGGAAGUAACAAUAGGGACCUUGGACCUCCGGGAGUUUGAAGUGGUGCCCAAGAGAAACCGCAAAAGGCGGAAGAAAAGGAAUAAAAAGAUGGAGAAUGCAGGGCUCCAUGCUGAAGGGACAGGAUGCUGUGGAACCCAGGGAGGGCAGCCCAGCCUGGAGCUGGUUACAGAGCUGCAGGGGAAGCCUGGAGCUGAGCCCCUUCCCUGGGAGACUGAAGGAGACCCCCAGACCCAGCUCCGUGAUGCCCUGUUCACAGCCUGCAAGAUGGGGGAUGUGGGGACACUGAGGCACCUCCUGGGUGUACCAGAGAACAGGGGCCCAGUGGGGGACAGCAAGGAUGGGGAUGAUGAACAACCCCUGGGUCUGCCCCACUCCCUGCUCAACCAGCCUGUAGAUGAAUGUGGCUUUACCCUGCUUCAUGUGGCUGCACGUGCAGGGAGGGCUGAAGCUGUGUGCCUGCUGCUGGAAGCAGGGGCUGACCCUGCACUCAGAGACAGGCAGGAGAAGACCCCUUACUGCAUCUCUGCUGACAAACCAACACGCAAUGCCUUCCGCAAAUUCAUGGUGGACCACCCAGACAAGUACGACUACAGUCGUGCCAAGGUACCUGGCCCCCUGACUACGGAGAUGGAAGCCAAAAAGAUGGAGAAAAAGCGGGCACAGAAAGCCCAGCGGAAGCAACGGGAACAGGCACAGCGGGAGGAACAGCAGCGCUUGGAGCAGGAGAAGGAAGAGAAGCAGCAGUUUGCAGCCCUGUCUGAUAGGGAAAAGAGGGCCCUAGCUGCUGAGCGGAGGCUGUCUGAACAGAUGAAGAAUGGCAGUACAGCUCUUUCCAACAUCAGCCGCUGCUGGUACUGUGGAGAGUCCCUGCUGGGCCGGAUCCCAUUCCAUUACCUUGAUUUCUCUUUCUGCUCCACGGCCUGCCUGCAAACCCACCGCCGGGCCCGGGCCAACCACACAUAAGGGUGGGGGCUGCCAUCAUGGCAGCCAGGGACCCACAUGGUGGAGACAUGGCUGAGCACUGGCUGUAGAGUAAUGCUGGUAAGAGGGACUGAGCUGGUCACAUCACUCUCUGCAGCAGUUUUCACAAGACUGAGAAGCUGCAGCAUGAGUGUGACUCAAGGUAGUAACAAGCAAGGCCUGCACAUGUUAGUGCAAAAGACCAGGACUGGUUCCAGCUAGGAAGUCCUACUGCCUGCUUUUCUGCUGGGUACCUUGCAGGCUGCUGCUUGGGGUGGUAGUACAGAUCCUGAUUGGUACAAACUCUGCAGCCUUGAGCCCCUAUGCCUGCAGGUACCUUCUCACCUGUAUAUUGUCCUUCCUUCUGGAAGCCACUGAGUCUCAGCCAUAUCAUGUUAACAACUACCUCCUCUGCCUGCAUUGUUAAUAAAGAGUUGCGUUCAA